AUGGCGCAAAAGCCCUUAGAACCAUGUCUGCAGGGCCCUAAUAUCUGCUUUCUUGACAGUGGACCCCAGCGUAACUUUCGGAAUUUUGGAGUUUUUCAGUUGGCCGUGGCCCCGAGGAGCCAUGAGCAGAUAUCCUGGACAAGUGCAAAACUGGUAGAGAGGACAUCAAGAAGCCCGGUGAGUCCAGUUUCUUUACUCUCGCCAUCCGGACAAAGAUGUUUAACUUCUCCAGAACUUACCCCAUCCGACACGGACACGACUCCUUUACCAGAUGACGACAUCGACAAACAAUCGACUAAAAUAUCGGAAGAUAAUUUUGAUUUGUCCAGCAAGGACAGCGUGGACAGCAUUGAACAGCAAAAGCCCGUGAGGACCAAAUCAGACAAAAAGAAGGACAAGGCUGACAAACCUUUGCCCAUAGUAGGCAAAUGCAACUGCGAAGAACUGAAAGCGAUUGAAGCUCACCUAGAGACAAAAGACCUAUGGGAGAAAUUUCACGGUUUGGGCACCGAAAUGAUUAUUACGAAGACCGGAAGGCGGAUGUUUCCCACAGUACGAGUCUCUUUUUCUGGAGCAGAUCCUCACGUCAAAUAUGCUGUUCUGAUGGACAUAGUGCCAGUUGACAAUAAGAGGUAUCGGUAUGCGUACCAUCGGUCCUCGUGGCUUGUGGCUGGAAAAGCCGAUCCUCCUUCACCGUCAAGACUCUAUCUUCAUCCAGAUUCUCCUUUUACGGGGGAUCAGCUCAAAAAGCAAGUUGUCUCUUUCGAAAAAGUGAAACUCACGAACAACGAAAUGGACAAACAAGGGCAUAUAGUUCUGAAUUCUAUGCACAAAUAUCAACCACGAAUUCAUUUGGUGAAGCUGAAGCCCAGUUCUCAAGGAACGCCAGCGAUCACCAACAUAGAAACGGAGCAGUUCCGGACCUAUGUUUUCCCAGAAACAGUUUUCACUGCUGUUACGGCGUACCAGAACCAGCUGAUAACAAAGUUGAAAAUUGACAGCAAUCCGUUUGCCAAAGGUUUCCGGGAUUCUUCGAGACUCACCGACUUGGAAAGAGAAUCUAUGGAAACCUUAUUAAGAGAGCACGCUUUUCGAUAUUCUCCUUUCCGGUCGCUGAUGACUGGAGAAUUACCACCUGACCAGUACGCACUGUCAAGUCUCGGAGGAAUGCCAUCUAGUGCCGAUCUUCUCUUUAUGGCCAGUCAGCCGGGUUCACCUUGGAAAUUCCCCUCUAUGCCAUUGAGCAUGGCCGACCUUAGUACACUGAUGGCAGCUCAGCACCAGACACAGCAAAACCAGGCUAGUUUACAAAGCCUGUAUUUUGGACUUCAACGUUCCACUUUCCCACCAUUCUCCUUGAUGGGAUCCGGCAAUCCUGGUCUUAUACCAGGGUCAUCUCCACAUCUUCAAUCUCCAGCAUCAACGUCUGUGAGAACCUCUGCAACAGGAUCGAGUUUGUCACCAAUAAGUUCGUCUCCUACGAUAACAUCGGCUACAGCUGCAACUGGAAGUCAUACAGGAAUGUACUCUUCUGUUCCAAUCACAGCCACUAGAUUACCUGCAUUAUAUCCUGGGCUAAAAUAUCAUCCUUAUUUUCAUCCGAGGCUUGUGCAAACUGUACCUAGCAAAGAUGCAGAUUGUGACGGGCUUGCCCCUCAAGUAUAAUACGUCAUUGAAGACUCUGUCAAUAAUUGCUUCAAUGCUCAAUCAUAUCAGCCAUAACAAAAAUUAGCCAAAGUAAAAAUGUUGAAUGAUGCUAUCAUAUUUUCAAUUAAUGAUACUGAAAAUGGAUAGUUCCUGUAAACUUGAAAUUAUGAUUUAAUUUAUAGAAUCCCAAAGACUGUUAACAGUCUAGAGCCCAAACGCAUAAGAUAUGCUUGGUAGUAAUAAGUAUUUUAAGAUUUAGAUUUCAUCAAUUUUAGCACAACUUUUGAUGAAAAGAACAAACUCGCAACUCGGUUUUCAUCUUUAGCUCUUGUCAGCUUUGAAUUCCAAUACUUUACAGUAUUUUUCUGGGAAAUUUAAAGGCAUGGAAACCUUUUAAACAGAAAAGAAAAUAAUUCCUAUUGUGGUGAUAAAAUUUUGAUGAACAUUAUGCUAUCCAUGACUGUGCCACGUCAUGAGUGGAGAGAUAAUUCAGAACACUCAAAAGUGCAUCACAUAUUAUACUAUAUUGAAAUGUUCUUGGUUUUCUGCAUCAGUGUUGUACAAACAUAUUUUAAAUUACUUUUAUUCGUCCCAACUGAAAGUUAACUUUAGGUGGCUUGUACGCGGAUAUUUCUUUCUUUGUUGCGUGCAUUGCAUUUAAAACUUUAUAUUUUAAAAUAUUUCAAUGUUAUGUUACAUUGGAUAACGUAUUAAUUUCAUUCCAUAUAUGAAACUAUUAACAAAAUUUUAUGAGAAGAAAAGAAAUUGAUAUUACAAGAUACAUUUCCUCUGUCAUUAAAAUUUGAAAUACCUGAAUUGCAUUUGCAGUUUAAAUACAAAUUCUUAAAAAAAAAAAAAAAAAUGUAAAAAAAAAAAUUGAGAAGGGAAUCGACGAAAAAUUUAGAGUCCAGAAGUAAUGUGUAAGUUUUUAGCGAUGGUUCUUCAAGAAUGUGUAUUUUUGGCCAGUAAACUUACCAUAAACUAUCCAUUUCCUAAAAUGUUGUCUAAUAUUUUCCUCCUUCUUUUUUUCUUAGCUUUAAAGAAUUUAGAAAGCGUAAAACCUAUGCAAAAAGACGAUGGGAAGUUUUGUGUAAAUAUGCGUUACAUUUAUUUGAAAACGGCAAUUUUGGCAGGAUCACCCAAUAAAAAUGGAGAAAAUCGAUUCAAAAUUAUUAUUUUAAUGCUUUAAGGUAUAGUAAUUUCUAAUUAAAGAGCAGUAUAAUGUGUUAUUUCAGCCAAAAUAUUAUACUAUGCAUUCGUUCUCUAUGCACUUAAAACGCGUAAUAUUUCUUAUACCUUCUUCAGACUGCAUUGUCAAACGAAACACAGUUUUGCUAAAAAUAAUUCUCUAUAAAGUGUUUAAAAGAAUUAUCAGUGUUAACUAUGUUGAGAAAACCAGCAAAGAAAUAUAACUAUCCAUUAAAAAAAUUAUUGUAAAUGUAAUGGAUUGAAAGCUUACUAGCGCUGAUUCUGUUUGAGUUUCUAUUAAACUUUUCAAGUUACUGUUCCCUUCAGAAAAGGUAUAAUUUUAGUUUAAAAUAUUUUACUAUGCUCUGAGUUCACUAAAGUCAGCAAUUCUAGAAAUCAAUAAAUAAAUAAUGAUGUUCAUAUUUCGAUUCUUGGCGUUAUAGUAAAGUUACGGUGAACUCAUAUUUUUUGUUUAUUUUCUGAAAUUUACUUCUUUCUUAAAAUUCCAUAUUAAUGCUUAAUAAAAUCUAAAAAUAAAAGGUAUAUUUUUAUAUCAAAAUUACUUACAAAAUGAUAUUCAAAAAUGAUUCCUAGACUGCAUAUUAAACUUAUACCAAAUUUUAUGGGAGAGAUAAAUAAUUCUAUCCCUGUUGGCAUGGCCAAUGUUAGCAUGGCCAAUGUUGCCUUUCGAAUUCUGAUAGAAUAUGAUAAUUUAAUCCAUUCCGUACUGACUGUAUCUGUGCAGUUUAAAAUAAAUUAUUCGCAUAAAUUUAGUCUUAUCAAACUUCUUUCCCAAGUCGAGGGCUUUUAAAUUUUCAAUAAUCUAUUUUUAUAAAUAUUUAUCAUAUUUUCAGGCCGCUAGCUACUUUUCAAUGCAUGUAAUUCUUAAGAUAAAAGUCUGCAUCUUUGCUUUUGUAAAAAUCAAAAUUUAUAAAUAUUAACUUCAUAAACUGGAUAUGAAAAUGAAACAAAGAGUAAAUAACAUAAUCAUACGACAGUGAUUUGACAUUCGAUGUUUUUACAAAAAAUAAAUAAACCCUUUAGUUUAAAGAACUAAAGUUCCUGCGCUUCAGUGAGUAAACAUACUGCAAAAGAAAACACGAUAUGCUUAAAUCUGUGAACACUUUCUGAUUAGCCGCAGCCCCGUUUCAAAAACUUGGUAAAACUGAUAGGUUAUUGGUAUAUUUCCGAUAUAUUGGUAAUAGCCGACUUACAUACACGAGUAUGACAUAUGUGUUUGAGAACACAUGAAUUUAUGCGAUUUAUAUUUAACAGUCAUUUCACGAACCGUUGUUCUCCGCCCCCCGCACACAUAAAACUUUGUUUUCGCUUCAUAACAAAUCAUACUUGAAUUAUACGUAGAUUUUGUAGUUUGAUGAGCAAAAAAUCGCAAACUUUCUACAGAAAUAUAACGCUUUGUCAAACAACGUCUACAAAUUCGCCAAUGAGUUGGCGACAUUUUAUGGCGGAGAGGAUAAACAUGAAGUAGAAAGCUAUACAAUCGUAAAAAAUUUGCUGUAUGGCACGUGCAUAGAAGAUGAUGUCAAAGGAUUCAGUUUUAGGUUAACAACUAAAACACAUUUCGUAUAAAAAUACAAAUGAAGAAUUUUAAUGUGACUGUAAUUUUAAUUUGUUUAGCUUGCAUUUUAGUCAGAGCUGUUUAUUGUAUGUACAUUCUGUUGCGUAAUGUUUUCGAACACGACGCACAGUUUUUGAAAUACUGAUUAAACUAUUUUAACAUAUCUUUCACUACUCUUCAUCUUUAUGAAAUGCACUUUAUAUUUUAAAUAAAUAUCUCAAAUUAAACAUGAAUUUACAUGAAUUUUCUGUGCAACUAAAUUUACAGUCGACUCUAUCUUGAGUGCAACAAAGACCAUUAAUAAUUUAAAUUUCUGCAUUGUGAAAAAACCUAAGUGCUGUCUAGAGUCAUUAAACAAGCCUAGAGUUGUGAUUUGUUGCUUCCGUGACUUGUAUCUAGAAAUUAAUUUAAUUAUACGAUCGAAUGCACUGAUACUGCAUACUCGUUAAUUGUUAUUUAUUUGAUAGAGAAUCUGUAAAUUUAGCUGAGAUUACAACUGACAGAAGUUUAGCAAUGAUGACUGUAAAUUGACUAGAUGUUUGGGCAAAUUGUCCGAAUGUCUUUAGGUAAAAAUUGUUGUUAUUCUGGACGUGUUGGGUAUAAUUUUUAACGUGCCAGCAAUAUUUUAUGUUAUAGCUAAAUAAUAAAGUGUUUUUUGAACUUC